AUGAUGCACUUCUCCGCCACCAAAGCUCUCUCCUUUGUUCUGCUGAUCAGUACUACUUGUACAGUCCAUGGCCAGCUGAUUAAUGAGUAUCAGCCCAAUCCUCCAGGGGGUGAUCCUUCUAAUGUGCAAGUUGAGCUGAAGGGAACUCCCGGGCAAUCCUUUACUGGAUGUUUCAUCUCCAUUGAAUGCGAUCUUCUAACUUUCGCUGGCAAUGUGGAUCGUAUUGCCGAAGUUAGUGGCACGUUUGAUUCCAAUGGGCUCUUGGUAGACACUAUCCCAGACUUGGAAAAUCCAUCCCAUAUUGCUGUUCUGCUAGAUGCAAGCUGUGCUAGCCUGGUGGCAUCCACUAGCCUGUCCACUGGAAGUCCUGCCAGUUCAUUUUCGUUGCCCGCUUUGGAUGCCAUUGGAGUUCCUGAUUCUGCAGGAGAUGUAUCCAACUGUAUUCCAUCCAAUCACAUUUCUGGUUUCAGCGGUGGAAACCAUUUUGCAUACACUGGUGACGAACCCAGACUAGUCUUUCGGGAUGGGAACACCAAUGAUUGGUAUGCCAUCAACGAUCCAGACCGUGGAGUGGUAUACGACAUUAACGGAGCCAGCCAUGAUCCUUCCGAAUUUGACACGGACCCCACUGCAGGGACAGAUACCUUUGGCCAAAAGAAUCCAUCAACAACCACCAGCGCACCCACAGAUGUAUCUGCGGGUGGAAAUGGAGAUCCCCACUUCAAGGUAAGUUGUGGAUUCUUUGACUAUCUAUUGCUUAGUGGCUGA